CACGCGAUCGGACACGCGCUUGUAAGAUGAUUCUCAGACGUGCUGAAGUGGGCCCGGGGCCACAAUUACUUUUAAUAUCGUUGGGCGUUUUGGUGUGCUUUCCUGCUGCUGUGGACUGUUUUGUAGGGCUGCCGUUGUCAACUAAACCGGCCCGACUCUGGCCGCAGCUAUUGCUACUCGCGGACAACGCCACCGUACCGCCCAUCGUCCGGCGGGUCGUGCCGGGCGACCAGUGUGACCGGCAUUGCGUACCCGGGGACCCACCGCUUACCUGCCACUUUCGCUGGAAGCUGGAAAACUACGCCACCAUGGGCUCUGCCUGCUGGGACUGUCGUCUCGGUAACCGAGCGCACUGCUUCCAUCCGCAAUGCAUCACCGCGAACGGGCUGGAGCGAGGCGUAUUCGCCAUCAACCGGCGCGUGCCGGGACCACCGAUACACGUCUGCAAGCACGACUCCAUCGUGGUGGACGUGGAGAACCAGCUCGAGGGUCUCGGUUCGACCAUCCACUGGCACGGCUUUCACCAGAAGGCAACGCCCUGGAUGGACGGUGUGCCGAUGGUAACGCAGUGCCCCAUACCGCAGGACACCACGUUCCGCUACCAGUUUACGGCCGUGGAAGCGGGCACCCAGUUUUAUCACUCACACGCGGGUUUCCAGAAAGCGAACGGCCACUACGGUAUGGUGGUGGUGCGCGAUCCGAGCGACCUCAACCAGGCACACUACGACUACGAUCUGUCCGAGCAUCGGAUCAUCAUUGCGGACUGGACGCUCGACAUGGUGGAGAAGUGGGUGCCCGGCAUCCAGACCGAUUCGAUGCGCGUCGACUCCAUCCUCAUCAAUGGCCGCGGGCGGUACUUUAAUGAAACGACCGGCACUCGAGCGGACGCCCCACUGACCGUGUACCAGGUGGAAUAUGGCAAGCAGUACCGCUUUCGGUUGAUCAGCAGCGGCAGCCAGUACUGUCCGUUUCAGAUGCAGAUUCAAAACCACAGUAUGCUGAUCAUUUCGACUGAUGGAGGUACUGUGCAGCCCCAACAUACGGUAGACACACUCGUAUCCAUCUCUGGUGAACGUUAUGAUUUCGUACUGACUGCCAAUCAACCGCCAGGCAACUACUGGGUGCGUGUCCGCGGCAUCGGCUUCUGCGAUCAGAUGCGGGUGGAAGACUUUGCCAUCCUGUCCUACCGCACGCCGGAAACGGCCAUCCCGGCCGCUGGCCUAACGGUGGAGCAAACGCUGGCCUACCCGACGGAACCGAUGCCGACGUACGAUGAGCCGUAUCCGGAUGGUAUCGUGUUUAACCACCAGACCGCACCCUGCUACACGCCGAACGAUACGUACAUCUGUGCGGCGGACCUGGAAGCGUACGAGGUGUUCCGCGACACCGGCCUCAUCGAUGCCGUGCCCGAUCGUACCUUUUUCCUGGGAUUUCACGUCAUCGAGGCGAACAAUAGCUUGCUCUUCUCGGACCGUGGCACCAGCCAUUACGCAACUGUCCGGGAGGGCUUUAACACGAUCGGUGCUACGAACAUGAUCAGCUUCGUGCCGCCCUCCUUCCCGCUGCUGAUCCAGCCCGAGCUGAUAGUCGACGAGAAUGCCCAGUUCUGCAACGUCAGUCAUCGGCCGGCGUACUGCACGGACGACCAUCUGUGCUUCUGCACCCACCGGAUGAAGGUGAAACACAACGACGUCAUCGAGAUCGUGCUGUACGAUACGGCCGAGGUGCGACAAAAGUUCUACCAUCCGUUUCAUCUGCACGGGCAUCGAUUUAUAGUGACCGAUUCGGGCAGCUUCCCGAGCGACAUCCUUACGGAUCAGAUUGCCUACCUGCGGAAUCUACGCACCGUACGGCGCCCGAACGCCCACUGCCCACCGUACAAGGACACGCAGUCCAUCCCGAACCGGGGCUACGUUAGGAUACGGUUCCGGGCGGACAAUCCGGGCUUCUGGCUGGUGCACUGUCACUUUGAAUGGCAUCUGGCCGACGGUAUGGGGCUGGUGCUGCAGAUUGGCGAACCGGACGAGAUGCUCAAGCCGCCGGCCAACUUUCCACGCUGCGGUAGCUUCGAACCACCGGUGGAUACUGGUGGUGACGCGCAAGGCACCAACGGUACGGUUGCCCGUAAUGCGCUGUGAUCCUUAAUUUAUCGCCAAAGCUUAUGCUAUAGUGUAUUUCUCAGUGUCUGUGUAUGUGUAUGUCUAUCUAGGGUAGGAAUAAAUUUUGAAUUUAUCUUCCAAAA